ACCAAAUUUGAGCAGAUCAUUUUGAUUUAUUAAUGAAAAAAGAUAGAAAUUUGUCAAGGUCUAGAAGAAGUCCAUCUUCAUAACUCAAAAUCAAAAAGACUCAUAAAGGUAAGCAAAAGAAAAACCGUAAUUCACAAACAUCAUCAUUUAAUACUAACUCAUAAUCACAAGAAAAGUAACUUAAUUUUAGAGAAGAAGGGAAACUUCUUUAUUUCAUAUAGAAACUAGAAGCUGAAAAGGAAAAGAAAGGUAUUUGUCUGAAAUUAAGUCACCUUAGUAUAUAGGAUACCUAAUCAACAGGUAAUUUAUAUGUAUCCAUUUUUAGUGACUAUUAACAAUGAUCUGAACCAUUCAUAAUUGAGGAGAUAAAUAGAAUACAGUAAUUACUAUCACUAAGAAUUUCAAUAAUCAAUAAUCGAUGAGAAUGUCUAUCUUGGAGAUUGUCUUGAAAAUCAAAAGAUUUCCCACUAACUUAGAGCAAAGAUGAUUGAUUGGAUGAUUGAAGUAUUAGGAAAUUAUAGUGAAACCACUUCCGAUGCUACUUUCUUCAGAUCAGUUGCCAUCAUGGAUUAUUACCUAUAAAAAUCAAUCACCCAAUAUUCAGAUAAUCAUCUUCAUCUUAUUGGUAUCACCUCCAUGUUUAUAGCUACUAAACUUGAAGACAUUCAUCAUAUUCCUUUAUAAGACUUUGUUGUUAGGGUCAGCCAUAAUAAAUACACAGCGUAUUUUUUCCAUUUAUACUAGGUCUAAAAUCAAAGCCAUGGAAUAAACAAUUUUAGAAACCUUGAAUUUUGAAAUCACUUUCCCAACUUCAUUGGACUUUUUACAUAAUAUCUUUUACUAAUGUUUUAGCUUAAAUCAUAAGUAAUCAUUUUUAUUAAAUUUUAGUCCAAAUUUAUAAAAUAUUUUAGAAGCUAGUACCUAUAUCUUAAAAUUAUGUCUGCAUGACUAUUCUAUGAUUUCAUUCAAUUCUAAUACUCUGGCAUCUUCUUCAUUCAUUUAUUCUAUCAAUUUCUUUCUCAAUUAACAUAAGUUACCUAAUCAAAAGUUAAUCAUCAGCCAAUUUGUAAUUUAUUUAUGCUAUAUCUAGAAUAAUAAAAUUGUGUAAAUUUCAUAAAUUGAUUUAAACGACCUUUAUUUAUGUUAGAAAAAGAUAGAAGAUUUAAUAAAUACUUUCUAAAUUAAGUAUCCUGAAUUUCACAAUUUAGAAAAGUUUCUAUGA